AUGGGCACCUGUGGGUCUGAGGUCAGCAUUCUUUUCUGUGAGCAGACUGCAGAGAAAAGGAGGACCCAUGCUGACUUACGGGCUAACACGUGGCUUUGGUUCAGCAUAUUUAAAAAUUUGGAGAGAAAUAAUAUACCACGGAACAAUGACAUAGAUUUAAAAGAAAUUGUAUUUGUCAUCCAGAGUCAAAGUAAUUCUUUUCAUGCAAAGAGAGCAGACCAAUUAAAGAAAAGCAUCUUGAAACAGGCAGCAGAUCAUACACAGGAACUCCCUAGAGUCCUUCUCCUUCAUCAGCUGGCAAAGCAGGAAGGUGCAUGGACGAUACUUCCCUUGUUACCACAUUUUUCUGUGACAUAUAGCAGAAAUUCGUCAUGGAUUUUCUUCUGUGAAGAAGAUACAAGAAUAAAAAUUCCACAACUCUUAGAAAUACUCAGAAGAUAUGACCCAUCAAAGGAAUGGUUUUUGGGGAAAGCAUUACAUGAUGAAGAAUCAACCAUCAUUCACCAUUAUGCCUUUUCUGAAAGUUCUACAAUUUUUAAAUAUCCAGAUUUUGCUGCUGGCUGGGCCCUUAGUAUCCCACUAAUAAACAAGCUUACCAAGAGGUUAAAGAGUGAAUCUUUGAAAUCCGACUUUACUAUAGAUUUAAAACAUGAGAUUGCCCUUUACAUCUGGGACAAGGGUGAUGGAACACUCCUUACAUCAGUGCCUGAGUUUUGUACAGAUGCUGUGGAUCCUGACUGUGCUACGUCUUUUCAAUCUUUUCUACCUCGUUGUGGAAAUCCAGUGAAGAAGGAGGAUAUUUUUGUUGCAGUUAAGACAUGCAAGAAAUUUCAUGGUGAUAGAAUUCCCAUUGUGAAGCAGACUUGGGAGCAUCAGGCCAGUCUCAUUGAGUAUUAUAGUGAUUAUGCAGAAAGUACCAUUCCGACAGUAAAUUUGGGAAUUCCUAAUACAGAGAGAGGUCAUUGUGGAAAGACAUUUGCCAUUUUGGAAAGGUUUUUGAAUUAUAGCCAGGACAAAAUUCCAUGGUUAGUCAUUGUGGAUGAUGACACAUUAAUAAGCAUCUCCAGGCUCCAGCAUCUGCUCAGCUGUUAUGAUGCCAGUGAGCCACUAUUUCUGGGAGAACGCUACGGCUAUGGCUUGGGCACUGGCGGGUACAGCUAUAUCACUGGAGGAGGAGGGAUGGUCUUCAGCAGAGAAGCCAUCAAGAGACUUCUCUCCAGCAAGUGUCACUGCUAUAGCAAUGAUGCUCCUGAUGAUAUGGUCCUGGGGAUGUGCUUCAGUGGGCUAGGAAUUCCGGUGACACACAGUCCUCUCUUCCAUCAGGCUCGACCCGUGGAUUACCCUAAGGACUACCUUUCACACCAGGUGCCCAUAUCUUUUCACAAACACUGGAACAUCGAUCCGGUCAAGGUGUACUUUACAUGGUUGGCACCCAGAGAGGAAGAUGAAACCAGGCCGGAGACUCAAAAAGCCUUUAAAGAAGAGUUAUAGGAGUAUGAAGAGCUCAGCCUCGGAAACAAACCAGAAGCUGAGAUUGUGGCUCCAUCUUUACAUACUGGGAACUGACUCUACCACAGGGGCAGUAGAGUAUCCUCAGCCAGAGAUGGAAAUAAUGUAUGUGCUAUAUUUCUGGAAAGGGGAGAUGAAAUCAUGGGAGAAACUAUUUUUCUGGGAAUAAUCACUUGCUUUUGCAUUAUGCAGCUAUAGUAAUACACAAUGAGUACUUUGUGUUUUACAAGCUGUGAUCCAACAGCUUGAUGACUACCCCAGGAAAAUAAUGGAACCAAAAGACUCUUUCCUGCCCCAUUUCUUGAUGAUAAUGCAAGUUUCAGUGGGCGUGAGAUGGGAGCAGUGCGACUCUCUAUUGUUAUAGAGAGAAGCGAGAAAGUGGAGUUAAACUGUAUAAUUGAUGAUGGCAAUUUCUGCCUGGAAUCUCAGAAGGAAUAUACUAUAUCAGAGAUCAUCCAUAAAACAUCAUAAAAGUCUAGACAUGAAAUUCCCUUAAGUCCAUAAUCAGGGUUGUUAUGUUUUAUCUAUUUUUCUGUUUGUACCUCAUAAAGCAAGAAUAAAAAACCUUCCACUAGAGCUUUUAUUUCUUUACAGGGUUGUCUGGUGUUUGAUUUCUCCUCAAUGUCCUAUUUUUAUGACCUGCUUAUAAUAUGAACAUACACUGUCCCUGCCAGGGUACAAUUCUUAAUAUUUAGAAACUAUGCUGUUGUAUUUUAUUUAAGUCAAUGGACUCCAUGUAAGUCUCAGGAAGUUAGUUUGUACUUGACACUUUAUUCUCAUUUUUUUUACAUCACUUUUGAAUUUUUUCUGAACCAGAGUAACAUCCCCACUGAACAUCCUCACUGAACCAAGAUGUGCUGAGGGAUUGUGUAAGUCCUUUGAUAAAUUUUCUUGGUUCUUAUAGAAUGAAAUUUGCAUAUUAUAUUUUAAGAGGCUCUAAUUUUCAAUUCAUGCCCUUACUAUAUUAGUAAUUUAACAUAUUCAUGAAAUUUUUAAAGUUACUAUUUAUUUUAAUAUUUUAAUAAUCAGUUUUCCAAAGAUAAUUGCAUUAAACUUGAUUCUAGUAUCAUAAACUAAUUUGGUAUAGUGAAAUACUAUCCUUUUAAAAUUUUUUUAAAUUCCUCUUCAUUGACUUUUCUUAUAAUAUAUUUAUAGCCAGGCACAAGGGUCUAAAAUCAACUCACCUUAAGUAUCUAUGAGUAUUGUUUUAAAUGUCUUCUUGCAACUUUGCUGUGACUCAAUUCCAGAAGGAUACACUGGUAUUUAUCACUUGUCCAAAUUGGCAAAUACCAGAAUGGAUGUCUUUUCCAUGAGAAGUGGAUAUAUUAAAUUUAAUUUUUAUGAGCGUGAAUUCUUGUUGGCCUCACCCAGGAAGAUUGGGUUCAUCAGCUGAAUGAGAACACCUCAAGACUCACAGAUCCUGCCAAACUGUUGCUGAUAACAUCAGCAUUGUUGUCUAUUGGGAUGUCAUUGGUGUCAUAUGUAAUAAUGAAGGUGCUGUUCCCUGACUCUGGGGAGAGGAGACUUUUGUUCUUCUCACCUCUGCCUAUCAGCUAUCACUCUCAAAAAACAGCAUCUGUGAUGCAGGGUUAAACAGCAUCUGUAUGUGAAGAGCCACAUCUCGCUUUCAUUUGUGUCAUGAUCAGUGCCUUCAACUGAUGCCACAGCAUCUCUACUGGUACUUUUAGUGUUUUUGUUAAUCAUAUUUAUUUUGGAACUCUGUAAGCCUAACCACGAAUAAAAGAUCUUGGCCUACA